CACACUGCCAAAGACCUGCCUGUCUUCUGACCAGUCGGGGGAUGAAACAGAGGCGGCAUGGACCUUCACUCGGAAUCCGUUGUGAUCCUGAACAAUGGAAAUAAAAUGCCAGUGAUUGGACUUGGUACCUAUGCUCCGCAAAAGUUUCCUAAGAGCCAGGCAGAGGAAGCCACCAAAGUGGCCAUUGAGGUUGGGUACCGCCAUAUUGAUAGUGCUUAUAUUUAUGGAAAUGAAGUGGAAGUUGGCUGUGCAAUCCGUGAGAAGAUUGUAGAUGGGACCGUAAGGAGAGAAGAUCUGUUCUUUACUGGGAAGCUCUGGAGCACAUUUCACACCCCAGAACAUGUCCAGCCCACUCUGGAGAGGUCACUUAAGCAACUGCAGCUGGAUUACAUGGACCUGUUCAUUAUCCACAUGCCUCUGGAAAUGAAGCCAGGAGACGACCCCUUUCCUGUAGAUGAAAAUGGACAAAUAAUUUUCCACAAUACAGAUUUACGAGAUACAUGGGAGGCUAUGGAGAAGUGUUUGGAUGCAGGUCUAGUGAGGUCUAUCGGAGUCUCCAAUUUUAACCGCAGACAGCUUGAACUGAUUCUCAACAAAACAGGACUCAAGUACAGACCAGUGUGCAACCAGGUGGAAUGUCACAUCUACCUGAACCAGAGAAAGCUUUUGGAAUUCUGCAAAUCGCAGGACAUUGUUCUGGUUGGGUACAGCGUGCUGGGGUCCAGCAGAGACGAGAGAUGGAUUGAUCAGAAUGCUCCAGUUGUCUUAGAGGAUCCAGUUUUGUUGGCCAUAGCCAGGAAACACAACAAGUCACCCGCUCAGGUCGCAUUAAGGUUCCUUCUGCAGCUCGGAGUUGUUGUCCUGGCAAAAAGCUUUAACCCCAUAAGGAUCAAAGAAAACUUUCAGGUGUUUGACUUUGAUUUGCCUUCAGAAGAUAUGAAGGAACUUGAAGCUCUUGACAGAAAUUAUCGUUAUGUGGAGGCUAAGCAGUGGAUCAACCAUCCUGAGUUUCCCUUCGGUGAUGAAUAUUGA